AUGGAGAGAGGAUGGAAGCGUAGUGUGGAGAUAUCACUAAAUUGUCCAAGGUGUGGUUCUCCGAAUACAAAAUUCUGCUAUUACAACAACUAUAGCUUAACACAACCAAGGUACUUCUGCAAAGGCUGUAGAAGAUAUUGGACUAAAGGAGGGUCACUUAGGAAUGUGCCGGUUGGAGGUGGCCGCCGGAAAAACAGAAGAGGUAAGUCAUUAAGGCUACCAACCGACGGUGUCCCCUCAAAGAGUUUGUCAUGUGGUGUAGUUCCAACUAACUCAAUGGGGAAUUCCCAUGGUAAUAAAGUGAAUGCCUCUGCUGAGUCUAAUAGCUCUUCAGCAGUGUCUGAUGGUUCUCAUAUCGAUCUGGCACUCGUUUAUGCAAACUUCUUGAAUAAUCAACAACCAGAAAACAAUGAAACUGGUUUUGAAGUGCCAGAGUUGCCUAAUGAGUUGGAUCCAUCUCUAGAGUUUUCAAGCUUAUGGAACACAAACAUGGAAUCAAGUAUGCAGCUACCAAAAGAAAAUGGUCUAAUUGGAUGCCUCACUUGCUCCGAUUUAUCCACAGAAAAUCAUUUGGGCAACAAUGAUCAGAUAUACUACUCUGGAUUAGAAUCAGUUCACAAGCAUCAAGAUAGAGUUCAACAAUGUACAAGUCAUGAAACAAGUAACUAUGCAUUGCCACCAUUGCCAGGCGAUGAUUUAUCCUCGCAACAAAUACUGUGGUCGAAUACUCACUCCUCCAUUACUCAAGGCUUGCAAGCAACAGGAAAGCCAGUUGUAGGACCUGUUACUCACGAUCCAAAUCUAUUGUUUGGUAAUUGGAGUCCAAUUGAUUUGUCCUAGUGAUGAUACUUUCUCCAGGACUUGAGGGAA